UACGAUAGACGCGAUAGUCGCCAGGCGCGCAGAGGCACAACUCGACCCAGCGACACAUCACCAAAAGUUGCGGGUGAGCCGAGGAAGGAAGUUGCUUAGCUGUAGCCACCCACGGCUCAUCCAUCCCCUCAUCCAUCCACGGUUCCUUCGGCCAUCAUCUGUGCUUUCUUCCCAUUUCAUCCGACUCACUCAAAUUUCGCGAGCUACCGCUACGCAGAACAUCACUCUCUAGCCGCAAGCGAGGUAGGAUUUUGCCACGACAGCUAGAGGCUCCUCGACUUGCUUCAUUAAGCUCUUAGUUUUAGCGUCAUCUGAAGGUUGUCGUCUGCAAUCGUGUUGCGUAAGCCAGGUGCUUGGGAUAAAACACGUCUAGUUAAACUCUCGUGCGAGCAGAGACCACGCUCCCCGUCGAACGGCCCGCUCGGAACAACACGCCUGCCCUCCGAUCAAGAAUACGCCGAAACUAGCAUAACACUUCCGCUCCGACACAUGAUAAUGGCCCGCUCGAUAGAUCACCCGCGGGGCCCGCCCAUUAAACGCUAUACCCCCGCAUUCCGCUAUUUACUAUCCUCCGCGGUCCUGCUCAUCCUCGUUAGUGCCGUCUCCGCUGAAAUGAAGGAUCGCUCUCUCUUCGUCCCGUCGCAAGCUCCCCCGGCGGGGACCCUUCAAUCGGGCGGCCAGGUGACGACGCAGGCGGCCGGCACGCCGCGGUACAUCAACGUGGGUAAUAAUGUCGGGGAGUUCAGCUACCAGUUCAACCCCGCGACGAAUCUCGGCAGUUGGGCAGCUUCAACGAAAGUCUACCCGGGCGACUAUCUCGUGUUCAACUUCCCCACGCGCACGGACGAGGUGUACCAGUUUCCCCGGCAGGCGGACUACGAGCUCUGCAACUACGCGCGCGCCGUGCGCGUGUGCAAGAACUGGGACGGCGCCAGGGGGUGCAAGGUCAAGGCGCAGCAGGGCACCAUGUACUUCGCGUCCGGCAUGCUCGGCCGUUGCCAGCGCAACCAGAAGGUGGCGAUCAAGGUGAAGAACAAGCCGUACACGGUGAGGAGCAUCGUGGUGGGCAAGCCCACGGCGUCGUUCGGGUGGCCGUGGAACCCGCAGGUGGACUACAACCUCUGGAUGCAGUCCACCAAGAUCUACGUCGGCGACAAGCUCGUGUUUAAGUACGCGGCGUACAUGGACGAGGUGUACAUCGUGCCCACGUACAACGACUAUGUCAACUGCAAGUACGACAACUACGUGGCAUACUGCAACGCCACGGACGGCAUCGGUGACGGGUGCUUCAGCUCCGCGAUCACGGUCAACCCGACCUACUUCGUGUCGGGCUCGUAUUCGCACUGCUUCGCGAAUAACCAGAGGCUAGCUGUUAAGGGGCUACCGCCGCCCUCGUAGAGACUCCAGAGUGUGCUGGACCUGUACCUCUUAUUGACACAGACUCGCUCUACAUCACUAGCAAUUGCCUAGGGAUGGCUUCUAGUAGUUAGCCAGCCACCCUAAGGCGUGCGGUUUACUUACCAGUACUCCUCACUUUAGGUGUGCCCUUCUGUCUACAUUAUUACCUAGAAGCUCUACUACAUAAUGUAAGCUUCGGGAUUAUGCAACAUGUGGAAUCAUGUAGUGAUCACAAUACGAACCAAUCAGCUGGAAGGUGGUCUGUUUCCAGGCAGCAAUUGAUAGU